AUGGAGGACAAGAUAGAGUGUGCCUUGAAAGAAUCAGAGAUGAAACAGUGUCGUUUGAGCAAGGUGUACGGUUGCCUUCACGCCCAAGCAACCUCCAUCGCCAUGUUUUCAAUACAGUGGAAGGAACUCGAGGACCACUUAGAGUCCACCCGCCAGUACAUCGAGGCCAGAUUCUGGGAGCUCAAGAACCGCGAGGAGGAAGUCAGAGUCCAUAACGAGCAGUUGGAAAUCAACGACGUGCUUGAGGAAUUGAUUGGAGAGAAAGUACAAGAGAUUGUAGAGAGUAGGAAUAGCUUGCGCUCGCUUGAAUUGUUGCUCAAGGAACAUAGCAACGAGGUUGAUGUUAAAGAGAAGAGAUUGGUGGAAGUUGAAAAUUUUUUGAGGGAGAAGAAGAGGGAAUUGAAUGAGAUUCUGGGGUCGAUUGAGGCGAGUAAGGGGGAGUUUGAUUUGAGAGAAAAGGAACUGAAAUUGAUGCUAAGGUUGAUCAAAGAAUGUGGCAAAGAGUUGGAAGUUAAAGAGGAGAAGCUUGGUUUGAUUCAGGAAUUGUUGGGUUGA